GGUAAGAAAAUGGAUGAGAUUUUCGAUGCUCACAAAAAUUCCAUUGAAAGUCGUCUAUGGCAAAUGGUUCGGUGCUUUGAAGUUAAUGCUGACAUGUCACCAUCAAACAUAAACUAUACAAAGGAACUGUUUGCACUUUUGAAUCAACGGUUGCAGACGAUGUGUCAACAUGUUUGUUCGGAAAAAAUAGCAAGGUCAUCUUUAGUUCCAUCUCGAUGGGAUGACUCUGAUGACGACAGUCAAUCUGGUGACCUCAAUCAAAAUGAGUCAAUCAACAAUGCUCCAUUACAGCGGCCAUCACUAAGUGACUCCGAUUCAAUCAGUCAACAUUUGGUUGACUUUCCGCUAUCUGUGGGUCAAAGUGAUUUCCACAUGAGAUCCAGUGAAUACAGCGAUCCAAAGGCUGCAAUGGGCCCAAGUGGUUCCAAGUCACCAGUCUCUGAUCAAGUAUCAGAAGGUGGUAAAAUUAUCGAGAAAAUGAAGCCAUCCAGUGGCGACAACUUACAACAGAUCCAACAUGAUAGAUCUCACCUGGCCGUUCCCGAUGAAGAGCAAUCAAAAUCCGAUCAGUCUCCAAAUGGAAAUAAAAAUUCCACAAAGCGACAGUUUGUCGACCAACCAGUUGACAACCAAAUGAAGAAACGUCCAAAAACUGAAAUCACCCGGCCAUCUCACACGAUCGCAAUUUUGGGCGCAAGUUCCACGUCAUCGAAAAUGAUUCGUGCUUUUUGUUUCUUCUGCGAGGAACCAUUGCAAAUGGAGUAUUCUGCAUGGAAAGUUCAUUGGUUGAACCAUACCGGUGAAAACACAUCGAGUUCAAGUGAGCGUUGUGUUCAAGAAGAAAGUGGCCUGAAGGGAUUCAUGUGCAAAGUCUGCGACCAUUUGCAAUUGAAUAAGGUUGAAGCGAUCAAACACUUAUGGCAAGAGCAUUUUAAAUCGCCGCAAGAGAUUCACGAGAAUUUGUAGCGUGUAACAUUGAUGCCAAACCUAAACUCGUUGACCGAACCCAUUAAAACGGCUUACGAAUUUGUUCCGAAUACACAACGAUAUCGUUGUCCAAUUUACGCAUGUUCAAUCGGAUGGAAAACGUUUGACAAAUUUAAGGCGCACUUAAACCAUGACCAUCGUGAGGCUAAUGGAUUUACCUGUUUGCAUUGCAAGGAAUUUUUCGGACGUAAUAUCGAUCAUGCUUCCGUGCAUGGAAAUAUUGUAACCGAAUGUGGUGAUUGUAAGAAUGUGUUUUCGCGAGAUUUUGAUGUGUUGUUGCAUCAGUUAUCGCGACAUGAUGAUGAUGACGGCAUUCACAUGUAUCGGCGCAACUUUCGUUACUCAUCAAAUGUGAUAUCAUUACAAGAAAUUUGCGUCAUUUUCGAAUGUGCUUUGUGCAAAAAGCGUUUCGAUAGCCAGACCCAAGCCGUUCAACACUAUAUUAAAGGGCAUAGUUCACGCCAUAUCAGUUUGACAUUAAUUCGAUUGAUGAAGGAAGUGAAUUAUGAUUCAACAAUUUCCUACUCAUUAAUUCAAGGUGGGUCAUCGUUCGCGCUUCAACAGCACUUUGUGUGCGGACAUUGUAAACAAGUACUUUACACAAAGGAUGCGAUGACUUCACAUCACACACAUCAUCGGUAUCAGCAAUUGGCCAUCAAUUUCACACGAAUUCAUUUGAUCGAUACAACAGUGACCGACAAUUUUUGGGUACCUAAGGUUUCAUUCGAUCAGUAUCUAUUUUACUAUUGCGAACACUGUGAACCCGAUUUUAAAAACAGCAAGGUUUAUGGUCAUGUUGAUGAUGUUUAUGACCAUUGGCGAUCAACGCAUGGAAAUGGUUCGAAAUCAUUCCGGUUUUUGGUCGCUCAAUUGGCACAAUGUUACUACUGUAAAUUUAUUAGUACAUUUCAAGGGCUACAGAAACACCAAAACAUACACCACCGGCAAUGUUCAUUUGCUAUCCUUCAUCUCAUCGAUCCAUUGAAGUGUGGUCUUUGUGCGUCGACCAUCGAACCCGGUAAAGAUUUCGUCAAACAUUUCCAGACCGCGCAUGAGCUCGUGCUGAAAAGCAACGUCUUCAAUCCAAUUGCAAUGGAUAAUGGUGCUUUGAAGGAAUUGAUUAAGAUCAAAGGGAACCAAAAACACAAGUGUACACGAUGCAACAAAAUUUUUGAUACCAAAACGGCAUUCUUGGAUCAUGUGAACAGGCACAGCACACACAACCAAUCUGAUCAAUUCUAUGACAAUGAGAGCGUUCACAUGAUGGCCGGAUGUUGCGACACCGUAAUGAAACCCUUUGAUUUCAGUCAUUUCAAAGAGCAUUACUACCGAUCAAAACGACACCAGAAGCAGGACAGAGGUGUGAAAAAAGAACGCGACGCAAUUAUGAUGGACUAUUUUCAAACUAAAGUCGUCUUUGGCAAUGGAAUGGUUCUCAACAAACACUGUUUGCUGGGCACCGAUUUGGACGAUAGACAAGAUUUUGAGAAUUAUAUCGAUCAAUUGAUACAAACAUAUGAAUGAUGAAACGUAGUUCCAGAGAACAAAUGAAGUAUAGCCAAGGAAAUUACACCCGAAUAUUAUUUUAUUCAAAUAGAGCUAAAAAAAAUUAAAUUAUUUUG